AUGGAUCUUAAAAAUGGAUCUAUAGUGACCCAGUUUAUUUUACUAGGAUUUUCUGGACAAUGGAAACCUCGGAUUUUCUUCCUGGUAACAUUCUCCUUAAUCUACAGUGCUACUCUGUCAGGGAACAUUCUCAUUAUGGUCACAGUGACAUUUAGUUCCACCUUUCAUUCUCCCAUGUACUUCCUCCUUGGAAACCUCUAUCUUUUGUUGUGUCUCUCCACCAUCACCACGCCCCAAAUGAUCACAGGCUUGCUUAGUGAACACAAGAUCAUCUCCUUUUGGAGAUGCAUGACCCAGAUGUUCUUUCUGCACUUCUUUGGGGGUGGAGAGAUGUCUCUUCUGAUAGCUAUGGCCAUAGACAGGUAUGUUGCCAUAUGCAAACCCUUGCACUAUCAGACCAUCAUGAAUCGCAGGGUGCUCAUUGUAUUUAUACUGCUCUCAUGGGCAAUUGGGUCCAUACACACCACAAGCCAGAUGAUUUUCACUGUAGGUUUACCUUUCUGUGGUCCCAGUGUCGUGGAUAGCAUUUUCUGUGAUCUUCCCCUGGUCAUCAAGCUUGCCUGCACGGACACCUAUAUCCUAGAGCUCUUGGUGAUUGCAAACAGUGGACUCUUGGCCCUGGUCUGCUUCAUUCUCCUGCUCAUAUCCUACGUGGUCAUGCUGGUCACCAUCUGGCAGCGCUCCUCCAGUGCAUCCUCCAAGGCAGUGUCCACACUGUCUGCUCACAUCACUGUGGUCACUCUCUUCUUUGGCCCCACUAUCUUCAUUUAUGUUUUCCCAUUCAAGAGUUACUCUGCAGAUAAGUUUCUUUCUGUAUUUUACUCUAUAAUCACUCCCCUCCUUAAUCCAAUUAUUUAUACCCUGAGGAAUCAGGAAAUGAAAUCAGCCAUUAAGAGACUCACAAGCUACCAUAUUGCUUCUUGA